AUGCCCUCUGGAGCUAGGAUGCCCCACCAGGGUGCCCCAAUGGGCCCCCCCGGCCCCCCGUACAGUGGGAGCCCUACGGUGCGGCCCGGCCUGCCCACCCCGGUCAUGGAGCCCAGCCGCAAGAGACCUGCCCCCUCCCAGCAGAACCAGCAGCAGCAGAACAUACAGAACCGGGCCAGAAAGUGAGUCACACGGCCAGGAUUCAUCCAACCCCCGUCCCCUCUCACCCUGCAACCUAGCCCUCUCUACUCCAUGCCUGCCUCUGGUCAUGUUUCUGUGUGUAAUAUCUGCAACUUACCAUCUGCAUCUAUCAGACCAAGUGUUUCUCACUCCUGUGUUGUACUGUGAGUGCUCUCUCUUUCUGUGCUCCCCCUACUGCUUGCUUUAGUAUUGCAACCUCGCCACUACUGUCUGACACUGCUCACCCCUUAUCUACAUUUGGCUGUUAGGUUUAGCCACAGUAUGAUCUCUGUUUUGUGGUCUGUUAGCUAUCAGGGUCAGUAUAUUGUGGAAAACCAUCUACACUCCCCAGAAUAAGAGCUAACCUGGGUUAUGAGAUAUAACGCAUUGUCUCCACCAAAACAAAUCAGUCUAUCCCAUGAACUGGCUUCUAAAAAGACUUGACAGUGACAAAAACAGUUCCUCAGAACCACACAAACACACACACUGUGUUGUGCUUCACAUGUACACCACCGGUCCUGAGUAAUUCCUCAGGGAGGCGAUUGAGCCAGGUGAAGUUAUUAGAGAGUAGAUCAAUAUUCUCUCUCUCUCUCUCUCUCUCUCUCUCUCGUGCAAUUGAUCCACUCACAAUUAAGCAGCCUUGUCAAACAAGGGCCAGGAAAAUUGUUGUCCUGUGUCGGCCCUCCACCCCUACCCCCAUGGCUCCCUCCCUGUGGUGAGCCUGCCUGAUCGAUGGCCCAGGGUGACCCAGUAGGUGACACUCUCUCUGGCAAAGCGUAUGCUUGUCCUCUGGCAGCCGACAGCCCCCUCCCCAGCCAACAGCCCAGCAGAGCACAGCCACCUGUGUUUGCAGUGUCAUUGAGACCGUAUGGCUAUUGGGUAGAUCCACCCGAGCUCACCCUGUCGAGCCAGUGCUUUUCUACCCAUACAAAUCUGCCACUGCUACUAAAAAUAAGGCAUAUUCAAAUGUCAAUUUACAGAGAUGCUAGAAAUAGUUUUGUGUAAUUGCAGUCGAGUCAAAGAUCAGUUUUAAUUAGGUACUUUUUUCAGUGUAGUCAAUAGGAUGUUUUUCGCAGAGAAUUAUAGGACAAUCCUAUAAUUUGUGAAAAAGCUUCAGGUGCAGCUGAAGCACCAUCGAGAUUCAACUAUACCUUGCACAUAGAAAACCCAUAAAGACUAUAGACCUACAUAGAAGCAAUCAGAUAUGCCCAGUUUGCCCACACACUACUUUUAUCAAUACUACCUGGAUCCUAGUAGGACUAGAGGUGGUGUUUUUGCUUCUCUGUCACUCCUUUUUCCACGGUGUGCUAGUCUGUGCCUUAGUACCAGUGUGUUCAUUACCAGUGUGUCUGCUUGUUAUUAGUGUGCCAUCUAAACACUGAAACACUGAAGUGAGUGAAGCAUGAUUCCCCACUGUCCAAUGAGAACCUUUCCCUGCUGGACAAGCGUCCAAUGAGACCCCCGGAUCCACUGAUCACCAGGAUCCACUAUGUCCUCCUCUCUCACUUUGCGUGUGCAUGCACACAGAUGCACCCCCACACUGAUGCCUGUACAUACUACCGCCACACUUGCACCGAUACUAACGCACCCUCACUUACACAGACAAACACACGACCACCGAGUUUGUCCUUCAGUACAGACAUCCUGCUUGCUGCCACCAGUGUGUUGUCACACCAACCAACCUCUUUAAUCGGACAACCUUCAAAUCACAUCAACCCUUAGGAAGCCAGUGGGAUUCCCUGGAGCCAAUGAGAUGCCAGUGAGGCAGAUGGACAUGAGAGAUGCCCAAUCAGAUCCAACGCUCGGAUCAAAGUAGGAGUUUAUUCUGCUGCAUGUCCGUUUUUUUCACACGUUUUUACUCGCCACCCUGCCCUGCCCUGCCCUCUCCCCUGACCCCCAACCCCAGCACUUCCUAGUGUAGGCUUAGUCACCCCACCCCCAAAUGUUACCCCAAACAAACCCCUAUGUUUGUCUCCCCAUGAGGAAAGCUUUACCAGGUGUUCAUUAGGGUACCUCCAAAUGUGCAGAUGCAUGCCUUAGACUGAAGCAUGGCAUGAUGGGAACAAAUUAUGCUGUAAGUGUCUCUUUUAGGAAUGUCAGCAACACCAAAGGAUGCCCCAACACCUCUUUUAUCAACUUUGUUUUUUCUGUUUUGGCUCGAUGUGAUGUUUUCAUAGUCUCUUUAGGGUUGUGAUUCCCAGUAUAUGACCCUCAGAUCCCUUUGAAAUGUAACCAAGCCAGCCCCCGAUGUUGCUCUAAUGUGUUUCAGCAUUUGGCCUGUUAACAUACCCUAAUUAUUUUGCCCUGGCCUGUUAAAAUAUUUCAGAGUGAGACUGAGGUCCCUGCUUUGUGUGGCAAUGUCUAAUACAGUUUGACAGUACUCCCAUAUCCUCACACUAUAUCUGUCCCAACCAUUAGAUUAUACGUCUGUCUCCGUCCUAUGGUGCACUUAAUACAGGGCUUCCAAAAUGGCUUCCCUCAACCAGACAUACUGAGGAAGCUUGAGAGAGCACAAACCUAUGACACUAUUUCAAACUUGUUCUCUCAAAUCAGUGUCUGGGCCCAAUAUUAACAAUGCACCACUGUUCCGGGAAUAACCGAUUCGUAACAAAAGCAUAAUGCAAGCCAAGUGUCACUGAGGAGUGACAGACUGCAGCUGCAGAACCUAACUAGAUAGGAAAGUAGAGUCCGAAGGCAUCAUAAUCAUACCAGCACACCUCAUUUGCCUUAGCUGGGACCCUUGGUAAGUAAUCCAUCAGGUGUCGUAACACAAAUUAUGUCCAAGACAAGAAAUGAAAAUAUUUAUCCAUAUCUUUUCAAUAUUCUUUCAUACCCAAAGAAUUUGACAAGUAUGCUACUGAAAGGUUCCCUUAUGGAAAAAAAACACAUGAUUUCAAAUGGAAAAUCGCAUGUUUUGUGAAAUCAUGUGAAACCAUGUGAUUUUGGAACACUUCACAUGUGAUGAUAUUUCACGUGAUCACAUAACCUUUCACAUGAGAUUUCACAGGUAAUGCCCUGCAAACACAACUGAGUCAUUAUGGUACACACACAGUGCUUUUAACGUAGUGUUUUCAACGUACAUAUUUUACACACUUUGACUUACAUGAGACUACAUUGUGUAUGUUAAUUUAUACAGUAAUCCUCACUUGGGAUUUGAACUCUUGGUUCACAGCAUUCCGAUAUUUCUGUUACUCCACCAUGUCCGUGUCAAUAGUUGAUUUCACCUGUAUUUCUACACUUUGGACUUCAAAGUAAAUCUCAGUUUUGUUAAAAAUACACUCAAGAAAAACUAUUAUAUUUAUCAUAGCGAUUCAAGAGUAACAUUAAAACAGAAUAUGCCCCACCAACAUUGGACAAUGGUGAUUUUCCACAUGUGAAAUCCUGUGGUUUUUCCAUAAGGGCAAUGACAUUCUUGGAAUGUUGUCAUGGUCCCCUGGAGGUUUUUGUCUAGUUCAAAUGUUGUCACGUGUGGUUUCACGGUAUUACAUGUUGACAUUUUGAAUCACCAAGUUGUAAUCUUUCCCCCACAUGAGGUCAUGUUUUCACAUGUGUAGUUACAUGUUAUCACAUGUUGCUUUUACAUGUCACAUGUUAUCACAUGUUGCUUUUACAUGUUAUCACAUUAACUUUACAUAAGAUCAAAAGGGUUAUAGGCGACUAUAUUUUUCUCCUCAUCGGAAAGAAGAAAGUUGGAUUCAGAAGCUGUUAUUGGUGGUCACAUAGCAAAUUGGGCUCCUGAGAUGGCCACAGUUGGCAUAGCAGCCAACACUCACUAACAUACACACGAUCUACAAUAUCAAUAAAGAGAAGGCUAUGCGGUACAUUGGAUGGUAUAGCAUGAGUCAUGAGGUAUUUCAUGUGUCACUUUGAAUGUCACUAGUUCCUGCUCUCCAGGUGGCAUACCUUACUCCUACCUCUGCUGGAUCCCCCAAAACACACACAUCCGCAUUGCGUACACACACACAUACACACACACAUGCGCACCACAUACACACACACACACAAAUACACACACCACUCAGCCCACACACACACACACAGCUGGGACACUGGGGUGCUGGAUGUGGCCCAGCAUUUUAGCAGAUGGCCUGGGUGCUACGCUAUCAGUCACCAUAGUAACAUGCUCUCUUUUUCCAUUUUCUCUCUGUCUUUCUCUCCCUCUGUAGCGCCAAGAGAAGGAAAAUGGCAGACAAGAUUCUUCCACAGAGGGUGAGAUUGCAUAUAUUUGUCUUUUUUUCCCAUUACUCGAGUGUUUGCGUGUUAUUAUCCAUUCUCUGUUGAAUAGAACGUGUGUGUGUGCGUGUGUUUUGAUCUAAGGGCUUGGAGGGGCAGAUGAUUAUGUGUUAUUACAAAUGGAGCGAAAAGAGAUGCUUGGGUGAUCAGAGGCUUGGCGCAGGCUUGGCGGUGGGUGCCGUUUUUGAAUGGUUCCUCUUAUUUUCAAAUGGAAUAAUCAAUAGACUGCUAUGAAACAGAGCCCGUAUAAAACAACCCUAUGGUUUAGAAGAGGCAAUAGAGUAGGCACAUCUUCUCCACAGGUGAGGGUGUGUCUAGUGUGUGGUCCGCGUCAGGGCUAAACAAACCCACAUCUAGCCGAUAUCCUCUGCCUGCCUGCGCCACAACCUCCGCUCUCCCCUCCAUGCCCCCCUGCCCCGUCUCAGCCCUGCCCAGCCUGUUUACAUUGGUUGGCCAUUGAUUUUUGUAAAGACUGCUGCUGGUGUCACUGGACUGGAGCCCCAAGCUGCUCCCAGUCGCUCCUACGGGUGUCUCUGUAACACAAGCCAGACACAGAGAAUGGAGAUAGUGGCAUGGCUCAGCCACCACACCGAUGACUCAGGGACAGGGAAUGUCCGCACUGCAUUCUGUCUGCACUGCACCUCAACCUGGUGACAGACAGACAGACAGGCAGGCAGGCAGGCAGGCAGGCGCAGGCAGGCAGGCAGGCAGGCAGGCAGACAGACAGACAGACAGACAGACAGACAGACAGACAGACAGACAGACAGACAGACAGACGCAUGUAGAGAAGGAAUGAGAUGAGAUGGUCGAGGGAACAAUGAAGGGAGAAACAGAUAAUGCAGUGGGAGAAUCUGGGAGUCUGUGCCCAGUUUGGUAAGCAGCCUUGCCACUGUGCGGAGUCCCUCCAUCUGGGAAUGAGUAUGGUAAUGUGUCAGGGAGGGUAGGGGCAGGUUGGGUAGGGGUGGGGUUUGCGCUGAUGCACCCGCUGCAUUUCAAAUGCGGUCUUAGCAGCACCAAAGGCCAGACUGGUGCACCAAUUAGUGAGUGGUGCUGGGCAGUCACAGCUCCUAUGGGCACUACUUCCUGCUCUGUCGCCUUCAUUAGGUGUGUCACUCCUGUAAUAGAAGGACAAAAAGAUUUUGAGGGAAAAUGGCGGCUUGAGAGACUACAGUCACCGCUGCAGUGCAGUCACCAGACAUGCUAUGAUCGCAGAAUGCCUUAUCUUAAUAAAACCAAAGCUUAAACGCAUAACUCAGUCAAUACCACAACUUAUUGUCACAUUCAUAUUUUUUUCAGUGCAAUUUUACUGGAUAAUAGGAUUUUUGUUCUUCUAAAGCAAUAAAGGGCAUUAAAUAUGAUAAAGUAUAUUGUGUGGCCGGUCAGAGACACUAAGAGAGUUAUUUGUUGAUUCCCCCUCUGAUCAGAUCCGUGAGCUGGUCCCUGAGUCCCAGGCUUACAUGGACCUGCUGGCCUUCGAACGUAAACUGGAUCAGACCAUCAUGCGUAAACGGGUGGACAUCCAGGAAGCCCUGAAGAGACCCAUGAAGGUAACACAUAUCAUAGGCCUGAAGUAUCUCACUACUAUAAUAUACUUUACUGUAGGAGGGGCGGCAGGUAGCCUAGCGGUUAAGAGCAUUGGGCCAGUAACCGAAAGGUUUGAAUCCCCGAGCUGACAAGGUGGAAGAAUCUGCCGUUCUGCCCUUGAGCAAGGCAGUUAACCCCCAACAACAACUGCUCCCUGGGCGCUGAUGACUUCGAUUAAGGCAGACCCCCGCACCUCUCUGAUUCAGAGGGGUUGGGUUAAAUUCUGAAACACACAUUUCGGUUGAAUGCAUUCAGUUGUGCAACGGACUAGGUAUUAUUUUUCCCUAUACUAUAAUACUAUCAAAUAAAAUAAAAUAAAAUGUUAUUGGUCACAUACACGUGUGUAGCGAAAUGCUUGUGUUUCUAGCUCCGACAGUGCAGUAAUAUCUAACAAGUAAUAUCUAACAAUUUCACAACCUAUACCCAAUACACACAAAUCUAAGUAAAGCAACUGAAUUAAGAAUAUAUAAAUAAAUAUAUGGACGAGCAAUGUCAGAGUGGCAUAGACUAAGAAUGCUGGUAGUGCUGGUGACUUACCGCCGCUCUGAUAUCCAAUAGUUCUUCCCGGCUGUAUGUAAUAACACAAACAGUUUUUUGGGCUAAUAACAUAAUACAAAAUAAAAAAAAUAAAAAAAUACUGCAAAGUUUCCUAAGAGCUAGAAGCAAGGCAGCCCUCUCUGUCGGCGCCAUUUUCCAUACUAUGACCUUUGAACAAUGUAACAUGAAACAUCUCUGUAUUUUCCUCUAGUACCAAGGUGCCCAAGACUGAUGUGUAUAGAAAUGACCACUGGUUCCAACAGUGUCUUUGUGUUUGUGUCGACAGCAAAAGCGUAAACUGAGGCUGUACAUCUCCAACACCUUCAACCCUGCCAAGCCCGACGCUGACGACUCGGAUGGCAGUAUUGCAUCAUGGGAGCUGCGGGUUGAGGGGAAGCUGCUGGAUGAUGUGAGUAUUCUACUUCCUGUAGGACGAUGGAAUAUCACUGGAUCAAUUCAUAGUGAUUGGCUUGUUUGAUUUUAUUUAGAAAAGUUCCUAUUUUCCUCUCAUUGUGAAGUCUCCUCUAUGGAUAUUAUGAACGGUUUCUUUUGAACUGUAUCUCUACCACUAAGUCAGUUAUCUCCUCAGGACAUACACUGCUCAAAAAAAUUAAGGGAACACUUAAACAACACAAUGUAACUCCAAGUCAAUCACACUUCUGUGAAAUCAAACUGUCCACUUAGGAAGCAACACUGAUUGACAAUAAAUGUCACAUGCUGUUGUGCAAAUGGAAUAGACAACAGGUGGAAAUUAUAGGCAAUUAGCAAGACACCCCCAAUAAAGGACUGGUAUUGCAGGUGGUGACCACAGACCACUUCUCAGUUCCUAUGCUUCCUGGCUGAUGUUUUGGUCACUUUUGAAUGCUGGCGGUGCUUUCACUCUAGUGGUAGCAUGAGACGGAGUCUACAACCCACACAAGUGGCUCAGGUAGUGCAGCUCAUCCAGGAUGGCACAUCAAUGCUGUGUCUGUCAGCGUAGUGUCCAGAGCAUGGAGGCGCUACCAGGAGACAGGCCAGUACAUCAGGAGACGUGGAGGAGGCCGUAGGAGGGCAACAACCCAGCAGCAGGACUGCUACCUCCGCCUUUGUGCAAGGAGGAGCAGGAGGAGCACUGCCAGAGCCCUGCAAAAUGACCUCCAGCAGGCCACAAAUGUGCAUGUGUCUGCUCAAACGGUCAGAAACAGACUCCAUGAGGGUGGUAUGAGGGCCCGACGUCCACAGGUGGGGGUUGUGCUUACAGCCCAACACCGUGCAGGACGUUUGGCAUUUGCCAGAGAACACCAAGAUUGGCAAAUUCGCCACUGGCGCCCUGUGCUCUUCACAGAUGAAAGCAGGUUCACACUGAGCACGUGACAGACGUGACAGAGUCUGGAGACGCCGUGGAGAACGUUCUGCUGCCUGCAACAUCCUCCAUCAUGACUGGUUUGGCGGUGGGUCAGUCAUGGUGUGGGGUGGCAUUUCUUUGGGGGGCCGCACAGCCCUCCAUGUGCUCGCCAGAGGUAGCCUGACUGCCAUUAGGUACCGAGAUGAGAUCCUCAGACCCCUUGUGAGACCAUAUGCUGGUGCGGUUGGCCCUGGGUUCCUCCUAAUGCAAGACAAUGCUAGACCUCAUGUGGCUGGAGUGUGUCAGCAGUUCCUGCAAGAGGAAGGCAUUGAUUCUAUGGACUGGCCCACCCGUUCCCCAGACCUGAAUCCAAUUGAGCACAUCUGGGACAUCAUGUCUCGCUCCAUCCACCAACGCCACGUUGCACCACAGACUGUCCAGGAGUUGGCGGAUGCUUUAGUCCAGGUCUGGGAGGAGAUCCCUCAGGAGACCAUCCGCCACCUCAUCAGGAGCAUGCCCAGGCGUUGUAGGGAGGUCAUACAGGCACGUGGAGGCCACACACACUACUGAGCCUAAUUUUGACUUGUUUUAAGGACAUUACAUCAAAGUUGGAUCAGCCUGUAGUGUGGUUUUCCACUUUAAUUUUGAGGGUGACUCCAAAGAGUGGUCCUCUGUAGCUCAGCUGGUAGAGCACGGCGCUUGUAACGCCAAGGUAGAGGGUUCGAUCCCCGGGACCACCCAUACACAAAAUAAAUGUAUGCACGCACGACUGUAAGUCGCUUUGGAUAAAAGCGUCUGCUAAAUGGCAUAUUAUUAUUAUUAUUAUAAAUCCAGACCUCCAUGGGUUGAUACAUUUGAUUUCCAUUGACAAUUUUUGUGUGAUUUUGUUGUCAGCACAUUCAACUAUGUAAAGAAAAAAGUAUUUAAUAAGAUGAUUUCAUUCAUUCAGAUCUAGGAUGUGUUAUUUUAGUGUUCCCUUUAUAUUUUUGAGCAGUGUAUUUUAUCUGGCAGGUUGACGUUUAUUGUGAUGAGUCUUGUCCUGGAGGCAGAACUGAGCGAUUUUGUAGAAAUUCAUGAAAACUAGCCUUUUGGUCUUAAUUUAAGGUUAGGGUUAGGCAUUAGGGUUAACAGUGUGGUUAGGGUUAGAUUUAAAAUCAGAUUUUAUGACUUUGUGACUUUGCCAGCUUGUGACCACUCUGGACAGCUGCCUCCAGAACAGGAUUCAUGACAAAAAAUGCUAACCUUCUAUUUUCUGGGGGUUGAUAUUUAUUUGAAUGUGGCAGCAUGGUGGGUUGAAUUGACUUUUCACCACAGUGAAAUACCUUCAAAAAAAUCUGCGGCCAUGUCUUAAUCCUUCAACCAAGUAUGAAUAUUUCUAGCUCUUUGAUCCAGGAGCUGCUUUGUGGAGUGUUUGCCCCACAGUCAUGGACGGCAGUCGGGUAUAGUUCUAACUUAUCUUCACAACUCCACCGUCGGCCGACUUCAGUCAGCAACAAGAUGUGUUUGUUUUGUUAGGCCUUCGGAGGAAUGAUCAAUGUUUCGCUAAAUGUUUGCACAGAUUAUGCCUGAAACAGGAACAGCAAGAUGACCAUAGAUUGCUUUCGCAGAGUAAGAUCGACUUCAAAUGGUGGCUCAACUCUAAUUCUCUCAUCUGUUUCGAGGCAGGGCUGUCAUUUCACAGUGGUUGGGACCAUUUUGAGGUUUCUGAGCCCACAAAUAUUUUUGGUCCACUUUUAAGGAAGUGGACCCUGAGAAUAUCCUGUUUUCACAUUGUGGCCUAGUGCCUACAGUAAAUACGAUGAUAUCACUGCUUUGGUGUCCUAGAAAUGUUGCUAUAGUCAAUGACAACAGUAUAUCAAGUUAUCUAAGGCAGGUGUUAAACAGUAGUGCAUAGGGGUCUAGUUGGAAUCACUCCUGGAGACUGAUUUUCAGUAACCAGGAAACAAACAAGGACCUAGCCCAAAGGCCAGCAGAUGGCGUUAUUGAGUCGUUUCAUCUUACCGUCCAAAGGGAAUGCAUGCAGCCGGCUACACUCGUUUCCCCCGUGGACCGGUUUGUACAUAAAACAUUCUCUAUUCAGGCUGCAAAGGAAUCCAUUUCUUUCUUAACACGAUUUAAUGUUGAGAAAGCGGAAAAAAUGGAGAAAAUAUGCAUACUUUCUUUAUGAAACAUCAUGCUAGAGUGGCUAAUGCUACUUCCUGAUGUUGCGCCCCGCGUUCAACCAGGGUUAAACAACAGACUGCUGCAACCUGAUUGGCUGAAUGCGAUAAGCAACAUCCGGAACUAGCAUUCCUAGGCAUUAGCCACUCAAGCAUGGUGGUGAAAAAUGCUGUUUCAUAAAGAAAGUACGCAUAUUUCCCCAUUUUUUUUCCACCUUCUCGACAUUAAAUAGAGUUAAGGAGGAAAUCGACGCCUUUGCAGCUGAAUGGAAAAUAUUUUAUGUACGAACCGGUCCACAGAGUGUUUAGUCUAGAUUCAUUCAGAUCCACCGUUAACCGGCACUCUUGUGAUCACUGUCACGAAGCCACACCUUUCCCACUCGUGUUAGAAGUUCAGAAUGAGAAAGUGUAGGCUAUAUAGAAAUAAUGACGCUCAAAUUGAAAGUCAUUCAACAAAAUAAUGAGGAUUUCUAUCAGCCUAAUCAAGGUGUAGAUUACAUCACACAUUCCAGUAUUCAAACUUGUAAACACGGCUGCAUGGGAUUCCUACUAAUGCGACUCCCUGCAGGCAAUGGCAAUGUCCACGAUAGCUAUAAUGCCGGGAGCUGCUAGUGGAUUUGACAGCUCUAACAAGGUUCCACCUCUGACUCCGUCAAAACACCAGCUAGCGCAAAACACCAUUGGCUAGCUCAAAUCUGAUUGAAUCGUGCCCAAUGUCAGACUACAAAAAACUGCUUUACAAAGUGGGGAAACCCUAUCUACAAUGUAAACAUGUUUGCGUGUGAGUUUGUCGAUGUUAUACACUUCAAAUGUUCAUAUCAGCCCAAAUGUUCCAUCCAUGUUAAACUAUUUCACCACCUCUCUUUAUUUCGUAGCCUGGGAAGCUGAAGAGGAAAUUCUCCUCCUUCUUCAAGAGCCUGGUGAUUGAGCUGGACAAAGACCUAUACGGUCCUGACAACCACCUGGUAGAG